CUCAGCGGCGGGUCUGCGCAGGCUCCUGAAGGGUCAGGGAAGAGGGGGCUCGGGCGGGGGCGUGGCUCCGAUCUUUGUGGGUCUCGCGACUCCCGGCUCGUAGCCUGACUUGGGUGCCGCGCCCCGAGCCCGAAGCAGUUGGCAGUGUCCCUCGGUCUGCCCGCCUGCGAAGGGCUGUGGAGGCCUGGAGGUGGGUGCAGAUUUGCAGGGCCGAGCUGCAACUGUGAGGCUCUCCCCGGAAUCCCUGCCGUCUCGGAGCUGCGGGGAAGCGCGGGGCACCGAUAUCGCAGGUGUCACUGUGGCCGUAUUUCCUGGUGGUCUUCAUGGGUACUGGGUUCCAGAGCCUGGUCCUGAGGAGGAGGACGGCGGAGAGUAAUUGGAAGCUGGGCUUGUGAGAGGUCUGGGAGGGGAAGAGUAUCGCCUCAGCGGCCGCACUGCACGCGGGUAUGUCGGGGUUUGAUAGUCCUCUUCUGGGCCCUGCGAGUCGGCUAGAGGUCGCUGCGCCGGUGAUGGAAUGCCCAGUGUCACCCAGCUUGCUCCCUGCUCCCUGAACCUCGGGAGGACCGCCGGGACGCGCCGAAGGACAGAAAUUUGGACCUAGUAAAAGGACAUCACCCCUUAGCCCCAGCUAUGGACUCCACAGCAUCAGUUCUCCCUUCUCAGGACUCCACUCUUUCUCCAGAGAGAUACCCAGGAGAAAAGGGAACAGCCAUUUUAUUCCUGAAAGCCAGGUCCCAGGACCCGAUGACCUUUGAGGAUGUGGCCGUGGAAUUCACCCGGUGGGAGUGGGAGCAGCUGGACACUGCUCAGAAAGACCUUUACCGGGAGGUGAUGCUGGAGAACUUCAAGAACCUGGCCUCCCUGGGGUUUCCAGUGUCCAAACCAUAUGUGAUCUGCCAGUUGGAAGAAGGGGAAGAGCCCUGUACAGUAGAGAAAGAAAUCUCAACAGGUGCCCACUCAGACCGGGAAAGAAGGCCUCGAGCCAAGGAGUCAAUGCCAAGUCAGGGAAUUUCCAAAGAAAAAUUAUUCCUGGUAGCAUCUGUGGAAAAACACAUUAGAGAUGAACUUUGGUUUUCCAAACUGGAAGCAGCUUGGGGUUGUGAUAACCAGUUAGAAAUAUAUCCAAAAAAACAGGAGAGACCUGUGAAAGAAAUAUCAUCUUCUCACAAAUUUACUACCAGCCUUAGGAAAGAUCAUGAAUGGAGUGAAUUUGGGACAAAUUUUGGCUUAAAAUCAGUCCUUGUUAGCCAACACAGUGUUCUCAUGGGAAAAGAAUUCAAAAAAUGUGAUAUGGAAUUGAGCCAGACUUCAGGGAGAAAUAACUCUCUGAGAACCCAUCCCGGGAAGAAAUCUUGUAAAUGCAAUGAAUGUGGGAAGUUGUUCCAUUUCCAGUCAGAACUUAGGCGCCAUCAGAGAUGUCACACUGGAGAAAAGCCCUAUGAGUGCAGUGAAUGUGGAAGAGCCUUUGGUCAUAUUUCAUCCCUUAUUAAACAUCAGAGAACUCAUACUGGAGAAAAGCCCUAUGAAUGCAGCGAAUGUGGCAGAGCCUUCAGCCAGAGUUCAUCUCUUGUUCUACAUUAUAGAUUCCAUACUGGAGAGAAACCCUACAAAUGCAAUGAAUGUGGGAGGGCCUUUGGUCAUACAUCAUCCCUUAUUAAACAUCAGAGAACUCAUACUGGAGAAAAACCCUAUGAAUGCAAGGAAUGUGGGAGAACCUUCAGCCAGAGUUCCUCUCUCAUUGUACAUUAUAGAUUUCAUACUGGAGAGAAGCCCUACAAAUGUAAUAGAUGUGGGAGAGCCUUCAGCCAGAGUUCAUCUCUCACUCAACAUUAUAGAUUUCAUACUGGAGAGAAACCCUACAAAUGUAAUGAAUGUGGAAGAGCCUUUGCUCACACUGCAUCCCUUAUUAAACAUCAGAAAAGUCAUGCUGGGAAAAAAACCCUAUGAAUUCAGCCAAUGUGGGAAGACUCAGCUGGAGUACACACACCACUAAACCUCAGAGGAUAUAGAAGAAAGAGAUCCUAUGAGUGUAACGUAUAUGGGAAGACUUCAGGUCAGAGGAUACAUCUUGUUCAAUAUCAGACAGGACAUACUAAACAGAAGCUAUCUAUUAAUAUCAAGAGAGGGAGUGGGCCUCCAGGCAUACCUCCUCCUUUAUCAAACACCAGAGAAUUCAAACUAAUAAGAAAACAAUGAGUGUAAUGGAUUUGGAAAGGCUUUAGUUAGAGGACACACAUUAUUCAACAUCAGACAGUUUAUGAUGGGGAUAAGCCUUUUCAAUGGAAUGCAUAUAGAAUAGCCUUUAGACACAUAUUUUUCCUAAUAAACUGAAAAACUCAACAACUCAUACUGGAGAGAAACUGCUCAAGUGCGGUAAAAAAAAUCAGUAAAACUUACUAAGCAUCAGGAACACAUACUACAGAGAAUCCCUAAGAAGGAGUAAAUGUGGGAAGGUAUUCAGAGUAUAUCCCUUACUAAGCAUCAGAAAAUUCUACCUUGAGAAAAAAAUCUGUGGAUACAGUGAAUGUGAAAAAGCCUCCAGCCAAAUCUCUUCCCCUUAUAAACACCAGCAAACUCACCCCACUGGUUAGAAACCUUGGGUAUGUAAUGCACGUGGGCAAGCUGGUGUGGAUAUUCCACCCUUUUUUGCACAUCAGAGCAUUUGUAUUAGAGUCACAGUUUGAAUUUAGUGAGUUUUGGAAAACCUACUAGCCAGAUGCCAGAACUGUACAAUAUGUUGAAUUCCACUAGUAAUAAUGUGUGUCUUCUAACUAAAGCCUUUCCAAAUCGCAAACCCUCAGCAUACAUUAAGGCAUCAGCCAAAAGAUAAACCCUGGGAGCUUAAUGAAUGUGAAGAUAGUUCUUUCAGACUGGAGAUUAACAACAUAGAAGUGAGAGGAAGCUGAGCAACCUAAUCUGGUGAUUUUCUAUCUGGUGGGGGCUGUUUUUAUAACCACUUUUGCUCUGCCUCCCCAUCCUGUUGCUGGUGAGGGUGGGGUUGUGUGGAUGAAGGGAAUGGAGGCAGAGGAAGGUGAAGCCAUCAGUGAUCUGGCCCAGCCAUAUUUUACAGCUAAGAGAACUGACCUUCAGAAAAUGCCAAGCUCCAGCCUACAUACCUAACUGCACUGGACUUCUUGCCUCCUGGUUCACAGCUGUAGCUUAAGGAUUGAGAGACUGAAGGUCUUCCCUAUACAAAACCUCCAUGCACUAGUUUCUUUGUAGUACAUGUUACCUUUAUGAGGCAGUGGAAUAGUAUUUUAAAGUUUGACCAAAAAAGCAAUUUUAGAGAUCUUUAUGCUACUAGAUUUGGAGUUUUUUGAAAUAAACACUUAAGUCACUAAAAUAUGGGUAUCAUUAAAAUCAAAACCUCAAAAACAUUAUCCCAAGUGAGAGCAGCCAGAUGCCAGGGAUCACAUAUUGAAUGUUCCCUUUGUAUGAAAUGGCCAGAAAACACAAAUCUUCAGAGACAAAGUAGAUUAGUGGUUGCCUGGGGCUGGGAGUGGCAAUUGGGAGUGACUGCAAAUAUUCCAAGGAAUCUUAUUGGUGUGGUGGGAAUGUCCUAAAACUGGACUAUGGUGAUGGCUGAACAAUUUGGUAAAUCAAUAAAAGUCAUUGAAGUGUUCCUAGAAA